CGCAGCCUACAAACUCGUUCGGACGCCAAAUAAAGAAUAUGCCAUGGUUGACGACACCGCUGCGAUUCCGCUCCUUCUUCAUCUUCUUCCUUCCCGCCAUGCCGUUCCGACGCCGUCGAGUGCCUCAUCCUGGCGGUCGCUGACAGCUAAUUGGAGUCGGAAAGGGAAACCAAGUGUCCUCUCGAGCUCGCCAACCUGACGCCUCUGACAGCGUUUCUUGUUCAGUGCCUUUUGAGGUUUCUCUAUCUUCUUCCUCAGAAUCCCUCCCACUUCUUAUGUCUCUACGGUAUCUGGUGGUUGCAAUCCCAGAAGAUGGAUUUGAAAUUGAGUGACGCGUGUUGGAGAUUGAGAAGACGGAGAACGAGUUGCUGUUGAUUUUUGAUUUUCCGUGUUUUUAGUAUAAUAUUUCCUGUAGUGUUAGGGUUUUCGGCCUCUGGGCUGCGGAGGAGGCCAUGAAAGGGCGGUCGCACCGGCUGCCGACGGCGGAGCCGGACGACUGGGUAGAUGGCUCGUGGACGGUGGACUGCACCUGCGGCGUCACGUUCGACGAUGGGGAGGAGAUGGUCAGCUGCGACGAGUGCGGGGUGUGGGUGCACACAAGGUGCUCGCGGUUCGUUAAAGGGGAGACGUCGUUCACCUGUGACAAAUGCAAGAGCAAGUGCAGCAGGAAGGAGAGCGAGGAGACGGAGGUCGCCCAGUUGCUCGUUGAGAUGCCGACGCAGACGAUACGAAUGGAUUCCUUCGCCGCGCACCGCCCGUUCCGGCUGUGGACGGACAUACCAAUUGCCGAGCGCGUCCACGUCCAGGGCGUGCCUGGCGGAGAUCCGGCGUUGUUCGAGGGGUUGUCUGUCUUCACGUCCCAGCUCUGGAAAUGCACCGGCUAUGUGCCCAAGAAGUUUAAUUUCCGGUUUCGAGAGUUCCCUUCUUGGGAAGAGAAAUCUGGCGGAGAGCCAAUGCCGUCUUUUGGAUCAUUGAUUGGGGGAGAAGUGGGUAUGCAGCAUGAUGAAAAGAUUGAGAAGGACGAUGAGAAUCCUGUCAAUAUUGGGGCAGAUGUGCUGUUUUCCUUGUCCAAAAAGGUCGCGCUCGAUCCGGAAAAUUACGUGAGCAGCCGUUCGCCUAUACCCGACGACUGGAAUCAAGAGCGGCCAUCGUCUCCGAAAGAGGUCAAGAAGCGUGAUGGUAAAGCUUUGAGUAGCAAGGUGAUGCCGAACCUUGGCAAGAGCGAGAAAACCCAAUUCGGCAUGCAGGAUCUUCAUACGAGCAAGCGAAAGAAGGAAGAGGGUUCUAAGGAUCAGACGGCGAAGAAGAAGUCAAAGGGCGGACACAAGGAGGGAGGCGGUAAGAACAAGAUCGGGUCUCAGGAACGGAUUCACCAAUUUAGAGGUGAUGCACCCAAGAUGGGUCUUGAGGGAGAUUUCAGUGUAGCUUUGACUGGUGUAACCAAGGAGGUCUUGAAAUUGGUCGAGAAAAAUAAAUCUGUAAAAUCAGGAUCUGGCUUUGAUGACUGCAAUGAUGAUGAACAGAAGCAUAACAAUCCUAAGCCUAAGGUUGACUUCUCAAAUGACGACACUGAGCAGAUUUUUUUGCAAAAACAAGAAUGCUUUGAGGAUGAAAAGUCCCAUGGGCUUUUCAAAGCUGGAGUUACCAAUAUUAACUCACCUACAAAGCUAUCAACUGAAAAAAAAGUCAGCAUAGCAGUUCCUGUGAAAGUUGAGGAAUUUGGAAAUGAUGGGAUGACCCUUCGAGAGGAUGUGCUUCAAAAUGCUAAAUUCAAUGGACUGUCUGCCAUGCCGCCUGCAGACUCUCAAUCAGCAUCUCAUCACUCAAAACUCAUCAUCAGUAUUCCUGUUACCCCUGCCCCCCCUGUGCCCAAGGAAACAAAUGUUGUGAACUCACCAAAUUUUCUUCUGUCAACCAGAAAAGUCAAAGUUGAAACUGAAGAUGACUCAGGCACAAAUAAGACAACAACAUCAUCUCCCACUGUUAGUAACAAAGAUUCAGCUGUUGAAUGCAAACUAAACUCUGAGAUGCCCGAUAAGGCUAAUGAUCCACUCAUUCAGAAUUCACUAUCCUCAUUUGCUGUAAGACCACCUGCUAAGCAGUUGGUGCAGGAAACUGGUACUUCAGAUAAAGCAACUGAGAAGCCGCAUGAGAAUCUUGAGGAACAUGAAACAGCUUCAAGUGCUUCCCUGAAAGAGAGAACAACUGUGAUUGAUAGGGAAGAGGAAGAAACACACACUCGUGAAAGUGGAAAACUUGCUCAGAGUGGAGUUCGUGGAUCUAGUGAAGCUGAACCAUCAUGUAGAGACUUGGAAGAGUUGGGAGGAUCCUCUUCAAAAUCUAGGCAUGGAAUGGCUGGGUCAUUUUCAUCACAGGAUGGUACUUUGAGAUCUAAAAAUGAAUUGGGAAGAUCGACCACUUUGUAUGAUGGUUUGUCCAAGUCUAGGCAUGGCACAAAAUUUGUUGCGGGCUCACCAAAAUCAUCUAAUACAAACUCAGGCAGUUCGCCAUUUAGUAGGCAUAAGCUUGCCAGUGGACAUGGAAGGUUGCCAACUCCUGGUGUCACUGCAAAAAGUGUUCCUAAUGCAAAUGAUUUGGGAUCAUUAUCAACUGCAACUGGUAAUAAGCAGUCGGGUACUUCCGUAUCCAUGUCUAUGGGAAAACCGCACUCAGCCAAGCAUCGCGAGAAGUCAAAUUUGUCAAUUGAAAACAAGAACAUUGAUCCUUCAUUUGGCUCUUUUGGAGGUGAAAACUCUCAAGAAGUGUCUGCCUCAAAAGACCGAAUAAAGAUCCCUGUAACUUCAGGGUCUAAAAUGCCACAUUCCAGACCAAUUGUCUCCACUUCUUCCAAGCAUGGAACCUUAUCUAAACAGAAGGAGCAAGUACCUCCACCAUCUUCAAAAGCAUCACCAUCACAUUCAGCGCCUACAUCCUCAGGCACUGGGAAUGCCCCUGUUACAUUGCAGGAUGCUUCUGCAAUCAAACAGAUGGCUUCAGAUGCAUGUAGCAAAGGCGACAAGCAUGAUGAAUGCCCACAACCGUCCAUGAAGGUGACAAGCGCACUGCCUCUAACACAUGCUCCAGUCCCUGUUGCUACUGCUGCGCCAUUAAGUGAUGAAGAGCUUGCUUUGCUGUUGCACCAAGAACUUAACAGCUCACCGAGGGUCCCUCGGAUAUCAAGGAUGCGUCAUGCAGGAAGUAUUCCUCAGGGGACUUCUCAAACAGCUUUCAGCACACUUGUUAAGCGCUCUUCUGUUGGUGCUUCACCAGCUUCUGCUGGUGUGAAGGACCAUAAUUUGGCAUCAAGGAGAAAAAUCAAGGAUGAUUCGAGCAGGGAGAACUCUCGUACCAUACUCGAAGAUACAAAAAAAUCCAACCGAAAAUCUCCUGCUCAGAGAUCCCAGGAGGAAUCGAAUGUCGAUGAUUCUGCUAAAAAGGAUGCCGAUGGCAAAUCUUCAGAAGAUUUUGGCUCUGCCAAGAAGGUGACAUCCCUCGCCACCAGCACGGUUGGUAAUAAUUGCCAUUCAUCCUCUGCAGAGGCAAGUGAUCCGAUUGUCACUUCUAGGUGUCAUCCAGCGGCAGAAUUAUCAGAUGAUGAUGGCACGCCACUUGCUGGGGCUAGCACACGUACUUUGCCAGGUUUAAUAGAUGAAAUCCUCAGUAAGAAUAAGGAGAUGUCCUAUGAAGAGCUUUGUGAUGCUGUGCUUCCGCACUGGCAUAAUUUGAGGAAGCAUAAUGGCGAGCGGUAUGCUUAUUCAAGCCACUCGCAUGCAGUGCUUGACUGCUUGAGAAAUAGGAAUGCGUGGGCUCAACUUGUUGAUCGGGGACCCAAGACAAAUUUGAGCAGGAAGAAGCGCAAGCUUGAACCUGAUACUGCUGACACAGAGCCUGAAAGCAGAGAUGGCAAUCCAAACAACGCAAAGUUGAAAAAUGAAGAGGGAGGAGGAGGAACAUCCGAGCCACACGAAGAGGAUGUUGCAAAGGGCAAACGCAGGUCUCGGAGUUACAGGAGGUUGGCACUGCAGGGGAGGCGCCUGAAGAGAAAGAAAGGUAAGAGGAGGCCAAAAGCAGUGGUUACUGACGAUGAUUAUGAUGCCCUUUCCGCAUCAAGUGGUGGUGCUGAGAGUAAUUACAGUGAUGAAGAAAGUGAAGGUGCAAGGGCGGACACUCUGAAAAACAAACUUACUUCUGAUGAGAGUGAAUCGGAGCAGUGAUUUUAAAGUGAUGGUCAGUUACGAUAAUUGGAUGCUAGUAUUGCUGCUUUGUUUUGGUUCUGAUUUUGCAUGGUACGAGGUUGUUGCUCCAUCUUUGUAAGCAGAGUUUCGUUGCACCUUCUAAAAUGGAUGGAUUCAGCUGCAUGAAUGCCGAUAUAGGCGAUUUGUUCCACUUCAAGAUGGUAGCUUGCAUGCUUCCCAAUGGCUAAGAAAGAUGAAAAUUUGAUGCCUGGACCAGAAAGCGGAUUUUUUGUAUAUAGUGUAACACUACAAUGUACUUUUUUUUUCUGUAACCCAUUUGUCGUGAAUGGGCCUUUGUAUUCUAGGAUAUAAAUGACAAAAAAUUUUGUGAGAAAUAA